AUGACCAAUGCCACUCUGGUGACUGAAUUCAUCCUCAUGGGGUUCUCUGAGGUCCGUGAGCUACAGAUAUCACAUGCUGUGCUAUUCCUAUUGAUUUAUGUGGGAGCCUUGCUGGGGAAUCUACUCAUCAUUGUCCUUACCACCUUUGAUGAGCAGCUCCACAUCCCCAUGUAUUACUUUCUGAAGCACUUGUCCUGUUUAGACCUUUGCUACAUCUCUGUCACUGUUCCCAAAUUCAUCAGCAAUAACCUGGCCAACAGAAACUCCAUCUCUUUCCUGGGAUGCAUUGCACAAGUGUUUUUAGUGGUUUUCUUAGCCUGUACAGAAUUAGCCUUGCUCACAGGGAUGUCCUAUGACCGUUAUGUGGCCAUAUGCCAUCCUCUGCACUAUGCAGUCAUCAUGAAGAGAAGGACCUGUGUGAAGCUGGCAGCUUUCUCUUGGCUCAGUGGGGGACUUUCAGGCCUCUUACACACAGCGACCAGCUUUUCCUUGCCUUUCUGUGAGUCUACCAGGAUUCAUCAGUUCUUUUGUGAGAUUCCCCAAAUCCUCAGACUUUCCUGCUCAGACAAUUACUCAGCUGAAAUUGGAGCCCUUGCCAUCACUUCUUCUUUGAGUUUUGGCUGUUUCCUCUCCAUUGCCAUCUCAUACACCCACAUAUUCUCAACCAUUCUGAAGAUCCCCUCUGUGACGGGUCGGUCCAGAGCUUUCUCCACUUGCAUACCUCAUCUUAUCGUUGUCACUAUCUUUCUUCAUAGUGCAGCAGUUGCCUACCUAAAGCCAAGCUCAGCCUGUCCCUCUUUUGUGGACCUCCUGGUGUCUGUCUUCUAUACUGUCCUGCCCCCUACUCUGAACCCCAUCAUCUACAGUCUAAGGAACAAGGACAUGAAAGCUGCCCUAAGGAAGCUGGUGAGGAGAUCAUGUUAA